AUGGCGUCGCCGCCCGCCCCCCUCACGCAAGAGCAGAAGGACUUCUUCCUCGCCAACGGCUACAUCAAGUUGACUAACUGCUUCACGCAGGAGCAAGCCGCGCUCGUGACAGAGGGGGUAUGGACGCGGCUGGGCAUGUCGGCCUCGGACAAGUCGACGUGGACGCGGGAGCGGACCAACAUGCCGUCGCACCGGACCUUCGACUGCGCGGACUUCGCGCCGAAGGCAUGGCGCGCCAUCUGCGAGCUGUGCGGCGGCGAGGACCGCGUGGACCCCAAGUCCCGGGUCUGGCGGGACUCGCUGAUCGUCAACCUGGGCACGGCCGAAGGGGAGGGCAGGCCCGUCCCGCCGAGGGAGCUGACGAACUGGCACGUCGACGGCGAUUUCUUCGUGCACUAUCUCGACAGCCCCGAGCAGGCGCUGCUCGUCAUCCCGCUGUUCACGGACGUCGUUUCGCAGGGCGGCGGCACGAUGAUCUGCCCGCCGGCGAUCGAUCGGGUGGCGAGGCAUCUGUACGAGCACCCGGAAGGCGUAUCGCCGCGCAUGGUCCCACGCGCGCACCCGGACUUCGCGCGCGAGAAAAACCUAGGGUGGUACGUCGACAUCGCGCGGUCGUGCGGGGACGCGGACUUCGUGGAGGCGGCGGGCGCGGCGGGCGACGUGUACCUGCUGCACCCGCUGACGAUGCACAGCGCGACGAGCAACGCGCGGCGUGCCGUGCGCAUCAUCACGAACCCGCCGGUGAGCCUGCGGGAGCCGUUCCGGUUCGGCGGCAGGCCGGGGGGCGGCGGCGGGGAGGACGAUUAUAGCCUCGUGGAGCGGAAGACCGUGGCGGCGGUCGGGGGGGCGGAUAAGUUGAAGGGGUGGAAGAUCACGAUGCCGAGGGAACGCGUGGUUCCGGAGAGGGUGAGGGUUCAGGAGGAGAUGAAGAGGGAGGAGAUGCGCAGGUUGGAGGAGCAGGGGAAGAGGGCGAAGGAGGGUGAGGUUGCUACUGCUACUGCUGCGGCGGCGGCGGCGGCUUGA